GCCUAACUUGUAGGAGUAUGAAACCAUCAAAAAUCAUUCACCUACAUCUGUUUCAAGAUUAUAAACCAGAUCUUGGCCUGACAUGAACCAAGAAAGAUACAUUGAUGGCCAUGCUCUUACAAUAUAGCUUAAAGCCUCUCAUAAGACCAACAAUUACCCAUCUUCUGUCGUGCUCAAGUUGCUCCUUUCCUAUUACGCAAUCGCCAACUUUUCUUGCAGUAGCAAACGCAUGAUCAGGCAUAUACUCACUAGACCACGACCAUGGCUACACUCUUCCAUGUUUCCAAAAUCUCUCUUUUGGAUUGGGCUUCUGGACAGUGGGUUCUCAUCGCAAGCUGCUCAGCUGACCCAAGAACCAGACCCCAACUGGGCAAUGCAGCAACUUCCGGAGUUCGAUUCUCGUGCGUACGCAUGUAUGCUUCAAGGUUGCGUCAACAACUGUCAGCUCGCGUUGGGGAAAUCUCUGCAUUGUGAUAUUCUGAAGAGAGGUGGGAGUUUGGGUCUGUACGGGCGGAACAUUUUGUUGAAUUUGUAUGUGAAGUCUGAGUUGCUGUCUCAUGCCCACCAGUUGUUCGACGAAAUGGCGGAGAGAAACAUGGUUUCGUUUGUUACUUUGAUUCAGGGUUAUAUGCGGUUAGAGCGUUACGUUGAGGCUGUUGAGUUGUUUGUUAGAUUGCACAGAGAAGGCCACGAGCUCAACCCGUUCGUCUUCACAACAAUUUUGAAGGUGCUGGUGAAUAUGGAGUGGGGAGAGAUGGGACGGGGCAUCCAUGCGUGUAUUUAUAAGCUUGGCCAUGACUUGAACCCCUUUGUUGCCACUGCACUAAUUGAUGCUUACUCUGUCUGUGGGCUUGUUAAAGCUGCUAGGGAAAUCUUUGAUGGGAUUGUUGAUAAGGAUAUGGUUUUGUGGACUGGAAUGGUUACUUGCUAUGCAGAAAAUGGUUAUUCUGAAGAAGCUCUAGAGCUAUUCUCUGGGAUGAGAUUGGCAGGGUGGAGACCAAACAACUUUACCUUUGCUAGUGUAAUGAAGGCUUGUCAUGCAAUAGAGGCCAUUGACAUUGGGAAGAGUCUUCAUGGGUGUGUUUUGAAGACAAAUUAUAUGGUGGAUCCUUUUGUUGGUAUUUCAUUGCUUGACUUGUAUACAAAAGCAGGAGACAUUAAAGAGGCUAGGUACAUUUUUGAAGAAAUUCCCAAAGAUGAUGUAAUUCCUUGGAGUUUCAUGAUAGCACGAUACUCACAGAGUGAUCAGUGUGAUGAGGCUUUGGAUUUGUUUUGUCAAAUGAGGGAAGCAUUGGUUGUUCCAAACCAUUUUACUUUUACUAGUGUACUGCAAGCAUGUGCAACAAUGGAGGCUAUGGACCUGGGAAGGCAAAUCCAUUGCCAUGUAACAAAAGUUGGUCUUGAUUCAGAUGUAUUUGUAUCAAAUGCCCUCAUGGAUGUAUAUGCUAAAUGUGGAAUGUUGGAGAGCACAGUGCAACUAUUUACAGAUUCAGCAAACAGGAAUGAUGUAUCAUGGAACACCAUCAUUGUUGGCCAUGUGCAAAUGGGUGAUCAUGAGAAGGCAAUGCAUCUGUUCACAAGUAUGCUUGAAAUCCAAGUGCAAGCUACUGAGGUCACAUACUCUUCUAUCCUGCGUGCUUGUGCCAGCCAAGCUGCAUUGGAGCCAGGUAUGCAGAUACAUGCAUUGACUGCAAAAACUAUUUACUGUCGCCAUGUUGCUGUUGGAAAUGCCCUGAUAGAUAUGUAUGCAAAGUGUGGGAAUGUUAAGGAUGCUCGUCUGGUUUUUGAUACACUGAGUCUGCGAGAUGUAGUCUCUUGGAAUGCUAUGGUCUCUGGAUAUUCUAUGCAUGGUUUGGGUAGUGAGGCUCUGAAAGUCUUUGAGAGGAUGCAAAGCAUGGAUAUCAAACCUAAUAAGUUGACUUUUAUUGGUGUUCUUUCGGCAUGUAGUAACACAGGAUCAUUGGAUCUAGGACAAUCUUAUUUCUCCCUGAUGCAAGAGCACUAUGGUAUUGAACCUUGCAUAGAGCAUUAUACUUGUAUGGUGUCACUUUUAGGGCGAUUAGGUCAUCUUGACCGAGCUGUCAAGAUGAUUGAGGAGAUUCCUUAUGAGCCCAGUAUUAUGAUAUGGCGUGCUUUGCUUGGGGCAUGUGUUCUCCAUAAUAAUGUUGAACUUGGGAGAACUGCUGCUGAACGUGUUCUUGAGAUGGAUCCACAAGAUGAAUCGACCUAUGUGUUAUUAUCUAACAUGUAUGCCACUGCAAAAAGAUGGGAUAAUGUAUCUUUUGUUCGGAAAAGCAUGAAGAAGAAACAAAUAAAGAAGGAACCAGGACUAAGUUGGGUUGAAAACCAGGGAGUUGUUCAUUAUUUCUCUGUUGGAGAUGUUUUGCAUCCUGAUAUUAAACUAAUUCAUGCAAUGCUGGAGUGGUUCAACAUGAAAAGCAAGGCUGCUGGUUAUAUUCCGAAUCUUGAUGCUGUUUUACUUGAUGUUGAAGAUGAUGAAAAGGCACGGCUUUUAUGGGAACAUAGUGAAAGACUGGCUUUAGCUUUUGCUCUAAUUAGAACUCCUUCUGGAAGCCCCAUUCGUAUUAUUAAAAACCUCAAAAUAUGUAUGGACUGCCAUGCUGCAAUCAAGAUUAUAUCAGCUCUCGUGCAUCGAGAAAUUAUUAUUAGAGAUAUAAACAGGUAUCAUCACUUUCAGGAUGGGAUGUGCUCUUGUGGUGAUUAUUGGUGACACAGGCUACUUCUUAAUAGUCAUUGGGUGCCAUAUUCAUGGAAGACAAAGCUGGAAGUUGUUCUUUCGGUGGUGCCUUAGAAGUCCCCAUCUUCUUGAUGAAAAUCUGAAAAACAUGCUGGUCUGGUUUGACCAUCUGUAUCUUUGAGGGAUGGAUCAUUUACAAAAUUAGCUUAAAGGAAUCCAGAUCUGGUUUUCAUCUAAAUGUGUGGUGUAUGAUUGCAUUUAAUGGGAGGAUUGCAGUCAUAUUUGCCAUAAAAAUUUGUGAGCUUGGCGCAUCUAGGCUAUUGGUGAAUUAUUCGGUUGUACCCGCUACACUGCGCUAAAUUGAGAUGUUAAGAAAGCAUUGCUCAAGAUCUGGAUGGCCGUCUGAGUGUCUGGCUAAACUAGUCUUCAUUUCAACACCAUGUUCUGAAGGUGCAAGUAUCUGUUAACGGUGUGGAGCAAGGAACCAGCAGUUACCAAUCUGUGGUAAUAUUAGAACCAAUAUUCAUUGCAGUAUUUCUGGUUGUGGUAAUGUUUGGCUUUGUAAAAUCCUUGUAGACUUCAUCGCAUUCUUCUUCUGCUACUAUGUUUUCUUAGUGAUUUUGAUGGAUAAGAAUACAAUGGUCAGGUGACCUUCAUUCAUCAUUUCAUCGGAACUCCACCUUUGCAUACCAAGAAAUGGUGAUUUGCAUAAGAGAUCAAAGGACUACAAGUUGAUUCCAAGCCAACCUUGAAUGUGCAGGCAUUGUUCCUAUCUCUUGUGACAAAAGGUGGAAUCGCAUACUCUAGGCGACCUCACACUUUGGCCCGACAGGAUUGUGAAUGAGUAAAUCAUGGUGAGUCAACUAAUCAAAAGAGGUCAGACUUUUGCUCACUGCGCACAAGGAAAUGAAGGAAUCCCCCUCGUUUUGAAAGGUUGCUUCUACACUGGCUCUGGUGAGACUCGAUCAUUGGUCUCUUGUAACAAAUUUCACUUCUGUGACCUGUUGGAUGUGCAAGCAUUGUUUCCUAUCUCUUAAUGUGUUGAUUGACGGGAAUGACUGGCAUUAGGCAAUCGUGAAACUAAUAGACGUGUUGAUUGAUUGGUAUCGGCCUACUCUAAUGCGUUUGGGUUGCAGGUAUUUGACGACCAACCCUAAAGGAGUUGUGUCGCUUCUUGUGACAGAUGGUAUUUAUGUUUAGUGAUUUUCCGUGAUAUUUAUUUUAUCUAUAAAGAAAAAGAAGUUGUAGUUGCUAGUCCAAUUAUCAAACUUGUUGAGCUGUAAACUUAAAAUACGAUGACUCGAAUGCCUUGUCCUUGUUUUAGAAUAUUA